GCGUUCACGGGUUUAAGGCGGUCCCAUUUGACUAAAGUGUAUAAAUACAAACAAGACCAUGGACACGGAGUAAGAAGGAGCAAGAAGCGAAAAAUCCCAAGAGGCAAGAACAGCGACUUGAGCGCGUAACAAGAGGAACUAGUAGGAAUGCGAGCACUGCGGCGGUGUGUGGAGAUGACGGGACUGCGCUGCGCUGCGGGAUUCCUCACCGUGAUGCUCUGCCUCCAAGUAGCACUGCAUGUCACUAAGGCAGCAGCAGUUUCAAAUCAACUAGAGAGCCAGGAUACUCAUUCAAGUGUUCAAAAAUUAGUCAAGGAACGGAGAAGCAGUAGGCGUGUUAAGGAGACAGUGAGUCUAAUGACUGCAACAGUACCAAAUGUGGAUGAAAAAAGUGGACAUAAGGACCUUUUCAUUAGAUGGAAGCAUCUUAACUCUGGAAGCAUAUUUAAAAUGCAGGACAACAGCACAUCCCUUGUUGUGCCUAAAAAUGGCAUAUACUUUGUAAAUCUAAAAAUAUACUACACAAUACCUAGUGGACAUAAGUGUAAGGAAAAUUUGUAUUUGAAGACUGAUGUUCAGAAGUACGAUUCUUCUUACCGUGAGUGGGUGGAUGUCAUAAAGGGCAUAGACACUAUGCAAUGUGUUGACUAUUGGUAUCAGUCUGUUACUUUAAGUCAAGUGGUCAAGCUUGUUAACGGAGCAAAGCUAAGAGUUCGCAUAGACCCAGUGAUCUAUGACUAUAUAAUCAAGGAUAGUAGCACUUACUUCAGUGUCACUCUUUUGUAGUGUUAUUCACACUUUAUGUUACCAAACAAUGUUUGGUAAAAUCACUUCUGUUGAUGUUUUGGUAAAUAUAGGUGUUUUUUUAAAACACUCAUGCAAAUCACAGAGCAAAGGGAGACCAAACCCUCUUUUUUAAAUAUGUAAUAUUUGUUUUUAUUUUGCUUUAAGUAUAAGUGUUCUAAAGUAUAACAUAGAGAAUGUUUGUUAAAUUCCACAACAUGUUUACAUAAGGAAUGCAUAUAGUUAAUAUCAUAUAUUGAAAAAAGUUAGGCCUUAUAGUUUUUAGUCAUUUAUGUUAUUUAAUGGCCCAUAAAUUAAAUGGAUUUCAUUGCCAGUUGGUGAUGGACAUGUUUUAUAUUAAAACGGCUUUUUGUGCUGCAGUUCCAUUGUGAUAAAUUCACAUUUGCAGUAAAUAAAAAUCAGUAAAAAAAAAAA